CGCUGCCGACUACCUAAUUCGGGUUAAUUCAACAAAGUGAACCGUGUUCCUGCCGGUCGCUGUCACAAUGCCUGGCUUUGCGGACUCGUUCUGGACGCCCGAUUAUGCCUCGGGUCUCGGCGUCCUCUACGGGAAGUUGCAGCAGGGAGUGGCAGAGAAUAAGCAGAUUUUGCUGAUUGCAUCUAUGCGGGCAGAUGCAGAGGAGCAGUAUGGUCUCCGCAUGGGAGAAAUCGCACCGAGCGUGGAUCGGUUAUCUGCCGCAGGUUUCGGCAAGGACGACGGCGCUAGUGUGAGAAAGGCAUACGAAGGUGUCCGUACUGAGAUGAUUGAGGCCUCUCGGAAUCAUCAGAAGAUCGCCAACAACAUUCGCGAACUUGUCGUGGCUCCAUUCCGCCGUUGGGGCGAGCAGCAUGAAUACAGAGUUCAGGCUUCUCAUGAUAACCUCCAGGGGCGGAUCAAGGAACAUUCGAAGCAGGUUGAAUUGGUUAAGAAACUUCGCAGCACUUACUUCAACAAGUGUCGGGUAGUGGAAGAUCUGGAGGAGGAGAACAAGCUUGCUUUCCAGGACCCUGAGACAAGUCCCAAGGUCAAGCCGACGCCGAAGAUCGUUCUUCCCACCGAGGAGGAGCCUGAAGAUGAGGAGCCGGUUGAACUGGGAGAUCGCGUCUAUGGUCCAGAGGAUUUCAAGAAGAUUCUGCUGCAUAUGCUGAACAACAUCAGAAUUGGCGAGGCUAAGGUGCCUAUUAUUGGUACGUAUCAGAAUGUCUCCACCGGUGCGGAUAUUGUGGAGUACGUUCAGAGAUACAUGGAGGCCACCAACCUGGCACAGGCAGAACGCAUCGGACAGGAUCUUGUGGACGGUGGCUUUUUGCGCUUGGUCGGCAACAUGGGUAGUGUUUUCGCCAACAGCUCGAAGAUGAACUACCAGUGGCGCUCCAGAGUCUUCCAACUCACUGGCAUUCCUGAGAAGAAGAAGCCUCUAAUGCGGGUCGCCUCUGCGGCUUCUGGGGCUUCUUCAAAUGACGAUAUUGUCGACUCUCCAAUGUCUUCAGUCUCGGAAAUGAUUGCGGGCUGGAACCCCCUCAACAACCCUUACCCGAACGAAACUCCGGCGGAGAAGCUGCGGAGAGAGGCUUUGGAAGCCGAUGAACGCUACAAGGCUGGUGUGCGAAAGCUCGAUCAGCUUCGAUGCCGCCUUGAGGAGGACGUUAUUGAUAACUUGCGAUUCAUGGAGCAGUGCGAGCUGGACCGCCUCAAGGCUAUCAAGGCGGUGGUUCUUGACUUCUCUGGCGCCAUUAGCAACGUCAUCCCCAAUCUUCAAAGCACUGUCGAUCAUAUGAUGCUGUAUCAGGAGACGAUUCAGCCGCUGGGAGAUUUGAGAUAUCUCCUGGAGAACUACCGUACUGGUGGCUUUGUCCCUCGAGUACAGGCCUAUGAAAACUACUAUGGAUCCGUUGAAGAGCAAAAUUUCGGCGUCGAUCUUGAAGCCAGAGCUCGUGUGGACCGCAAGCGUGUCCCAAUCUUGGUGACGACUCUUUUGACAUACCUGGACAACCGUUACCCUGAACUCGAGGGCGACGAAGCCCGUCGUGGUAUCUGGCUGCACAAUCCUAAGUUGUCUCACACGCAUCAGUUGCGCAACGCGCUGAACAACAGCAAAGCGGACUAUCAUGAAAUCCUCCCGACAUUUGAGAUACCCACCGUUGCUAGCGUUCUGAAAUUGUACCUUCUUGAGUUGCCCGACUCUCUUGUUUCCUCGCAAGUCUACGAAAUCGUCAAAACGAUCUACUCGACCACCGCUCACGAGACCACGGAAGAGGGACGAAUUAAGGUCCUGCAAAGUACGCUUGGACAACUUCGUCUCGUAAACAUUGCCACGCUUGAUGCCAUCAUGACCCACUUCACACGCCUGAUCGACUUGACUUCUGCCGAUGAACAGUACAUUGCCGCAAUUGCACAGGUCCUGUCGCCAUGUAUUCUCCGCCCUCGCAUUGAGAGCAGCCUCACAAUGGAUGAGCGCCACAGCUACCGCCUGAUCCGUGACCUGUUUGCGCACAAAGACGCCAUCUUUGGCGAGCUUAAGCGCCAGUCCAGUGCACUGGGCAUUUCAACUUCCAGCCGCCCGAGGGCAAUCAGCACCGAUGAGAGCAACCGACGUGCCGCAAUGGAGGCUCGCCAGCGCGCCAUCGUCAAUCGCAGCCGCGCUACCAGCCCUUCAAACCGUCAACGUCACCGUCGGGACCGCUCCAGUGGCGCUUCUGAGACUGGUCGAUUCCCCAUCAAUGUUGCAGCCAGCCCGGCUGAUCGCCGAGCCGCUGCUGCGACCCGCCCCAGCCUCGAUGUCCCCAUUAGCAAUGGAUCCCCUACUGUGCCCGAACACCCUCCAACUGUGAACACCCAGAUUGUUGAGGUUGCAACCAACGGCAUGACCGACUCUCCAGCUUCGGCAGCUAUCACUAGCGCCAGUGCCUCAGAGGGCUCUGAUAGCCCUCCUCCCCCGGAGACUGCCUCAGAUGGUUCCCCUACCCCAACACCCACCCCAGCUCCCGCAGCUACCGAAUUUGAAAAACGCGCCUCCAUUCCUCGCUCAACUGGUGGCCGGUACACCCGCAAGCCCGGCCUCGGAAGUCUUUCUAGCUUCCCAACCGGAUCUGCCGUUGGCGCCACAGGCACCGAUAGCAACCGAAGCAGCAUCGCUGAAAGCGAGCCCAAGGGUGUAACUCUGGAAGACAAGCCCAUGGAUGAUUAAAUGAUGCACUUUGACAUUCUCGGGAGAGAAUAAUACGUCUCAAAGACUUUGUAUAGCGACACGUCUUUUGAAGCACUUGAUCUCCUCCCUCUUGACUUUUUAAAAAAGAUUUUUCCGCGUUGUCAUGCCUUUUCUAUGCAUGCAUGCAUACAUACCCUUCUCUGCCCUGCCUUGCCUGCAUGUGCUAUUCGUCAAAUACCUAAGAGCCCUCCUGAUUAUACUGGUCUGUUUCUCCUUGGAAUUGUCUUUUCUUCUUAUCUUAUGUUUGUGAUGCAUCUCUUUUUUCCUUGUGCUCGCCUUUUAGUUCGCACCCUGUAUGUAUAC